AACAAAAUGUGAAAAGUUCAAAAGACUAUGCGGCUGUUUAGCUGUGCCUGUCCGUCUGCCAUCAGCUGAGAGAGAUGCCGGUCAACUCUCUGGAGAAGCCGUGGACGGUAGACCCCUCUGAGGUGGCAGAGCGGCGGGAUCUUAGGGACAGUCGCCUGGUGUUCAGCAUCGAUCCACGCGGCUGUGAAGAUGUAGACGACACGCUGUCUGUACACAAGCUCCCCAACAGAAGGCUGGAGCUGGGAGUUCACAUUGCUGAUGUCACUCACUUUGUCAAAGAGGGUUCGCUCACAGACUUGGAGGCACGUUCAAGGGCUACAACCUACUACCUGGCAGACCGCAGGUACGACAUGCUGCCUGCUAUUCUCAGCGCAGACCUUUGCUCACUGCUGGGAGGUGCUGACAGGUAUGCAAUGAGCGCUUGGGAGCUUGACGCAGAAUCCCUUGAAGUCCAAGAGGUCUGGUAUGGUCGUACACUCAUCCGCUCCUCCUAUCAGCUCCACUACGAGCUGGCUCAGGCGCUCCUCAACGGAGAACAGGUUGAGGUAGCGGAACUGGCCAACCUGGGUCCUCAGGAAAAGGGUUCUAAGCUAGCUCAACUCACUGAGGCACUUGAGAUGCUCACACAUGUAGCCAGACAUCUUCGGGCAAAGAGGGACAGAGGAGGAGCGCUGGAGCUGGAAGGAGUGGAGGUGGGUGCCCAGCUGGAUGAGGAGAGGAACAUUACGGCCCUGGUCCCUCGUCAGCCCCUGGAGGUCCAUGAGACCGUGGCAGAGUGCAUGAUUUACGCCAACCACUGGGUGGCCCGCAAGAUCCAGGAAGCUUUCCCCAACCAGGCCCUUCUAAGGUGUCACCCACCACCACAACAGGAGCUAUUCAACCAGCUGGUGGACACUGCAAAGGCCAAAGGUUUCACCAUUGACACCAG